CUUUUUUUUAUGACGUCGAAACACUCUAAACAAGGUACGGGCUUGUGGCAAUACAAACAUUAGCUUAAUUCUACUGCAAGCUAUACUCGUCAAGUCUCUCUUCGGAUCUACGGAAGUGAGACGACGCAAGAGCACGGAGGCAUGGCGGUGUUUCUUUGAAGUCAUCUGAGGUAUCAUGUUGCACAUUGUUACAACGCCUAUAAAUAGAGAGGUGAAUGUUGAUGAUUCAAUUCUAUCUCUUCAUUCAAGAAUCCAAUCUUACUUUUAACAUGUUCUUCCCUUCAAUCUUCGUUGCCGCCACAUACGCCUUAAUGGCAUCCGGUUCUGCUAUCCCGGCAGAAAAGAGACAAACUCCUGCCACAUGUAGCACUCAUGCCACCGGUUAUUUGAUCGUUCGUCCUACAGAUGACAGUACCACCCAUUCAGGACCAAUCACUUAUGCUGGAAUUGUGCCAAAUGUCAAGCAUACCGGAAUUGACGGUACAAGUGACUCUAUCAUUGUCACAAAGAACGAUGAUGGAGGCGCUCUUCAACCUCAAGUGUGGGACUUCCUUCAAUGCACCGAUCAAAACGGUCAAAGUCCACCUCCUGGCUAUUCACCACAACCAGGAGGACCUACAGCCAAUUAUUUCGGUAUCUUACGUCCUCAAAAUGCAACACAACAUUGUCUUGCAUUAGAAAGCGAAAAUGAUGCAACAUCAGGCGCACGAAACAGUAUCUUGGACUCUUAUUGUACUCAAGUUCCGGCUCAAUACCGUACAUUCAUGUUUGUCGAUGAGAUUUACGGAGGUAGUAAUGAUGCCGUUGAUCUUUACUUUGCAGAUCAAAAUACUACUUUGGUCAUUUCAAACACACCUCAUGCUGAACUUCAAUUCUUCACCGAUGGUGCUCCUGCCGGACAAAGAACAUAUCAAUUACAACUUUUGCCAAACACUACUCCCUGAUUUCUUAUAAAGGACAUUGCAGACAAGCCCCUCUUGCUGUGUCUCUUAGCUACGAAAUUAUUGUAUCAUUUUAAUGAAAGUCUUGUGUGCGAGCU